GGACACCAACCUCUCCUUGCGAUGUCUCAUGGCAGGCCAUUUCCUUCUCCGAAGCCUUCGCUCACAGCUUCAACCUGCUAUGAAAAGAGCCCUCAAUCUUGGAGCAACACAUCCUACGGCACUCUAUCCAUGGACACGAUGCAGCGCCAGGCUAUGGCUACGGCAUCCACUCCACGUCUGAGCCGGUGCACUAGCCCAGACUUCCCCGGACGACGAGAAGGACCGUCACGAACUUCAUCGGAGAUCUCGUCAGCAGCCCACAGCAGCAUUUUCGAGGACCCGACGGCUUUCGGUGCUGCCAAAGGUCUUGCAGGCCCCUUGAUGCGGGAACCUGUACCUGCUGCGCGGCACCUUGGCUCAGCCGGUCGCUUCAAAAAGAUGGGACCAGCGCUGGCACUCAGGAUUCCAAGGCCGUCCGUGUCAUUGCUCGAACUGGAAGCGGAGUUGGAAGCCUUGUAUCGUUACACAAUGGCACCUCACGUGUGGACAGGGCAGACAACCUGUAGCUGUGGUUCGCGACGUGCCUCAGCCUGGGAGGAUCAGCGUUGUACAGAGCCCACAACUAUCUCCAGGUCGAGCCGGUACCCUGAUGCUUCUGACAGCUGCUGCAGGCUCUCCCAACGACCAUCACCAGAGGACGAUCGAUUUUCCUUUGGUGAGCGGCAGAUCCCAAAGAGGCAGCGUUUGCCAAGUGAUUCUUCUGUCAGAAAGUCAUCUCGAGGCCUGAGUUUGGCGAACCAGGGGCACUUCGAGGAUGGAUUGACAGGACACAGCAGGCAGCGUUUGCCAAGUGAUUCUUCUGUCAGAAAGUCAUCUCGAGGCCUGAGUUUGGCGAACCAGGGGCACUUCGAGGAUGGAUUGACAGGACACAGCAGGCAGUUGACAAGGCCAGACAUGGUCAGAGAUGAAGCACGGAUGGAAGCUCACUGUGAAGGUGUCCAAAGAGUGGAGUGUGCACAGCAAUGGCAGGAGGUCCAAGCCAUCGCGCAGAACGCGGAAACGCUGCGCCUGUUGGCCCGGAAGCGGCGAAAGCUGAUGCGAAAGCUGGAAGAACGAGAGCAGCACUUGGAGCAAAACCUCGGCAUUCUGUCGCAUGUGUACCUACGCCAAGCGGAUGUGGAUUUGCAGCUGCAUCAAGUGAUGGAGGACUUGCGCAAGGCUUUCGCGGCGCAGCGGGAGGCAACGAGCCAAGAGGCCAGCAGAGCUUCAGACAAGGCAUUGCCAUCAGCAUCCAUCAGCCAUUCAGUGCAGUAGGCAUUCCCAGGCUAACUGCAAGUUGCAUGCCCCAUUGCUAGAGUUGAGAACGGUUGCACACGUACUUCCACGCGGUUUGCAGAGCAGUUUCAGAUAAUGAAUCUGACCCAAUGACGCAGAACGCGACGAAA